UCUUCGGUCUCUCACCUACAGGAUGAAAACUCUUCUCUUGUUUUUGUGGAGAUUUGGAUAAAGACGUCCUUUUACUUUUUUCUUCAGAUACUCAAACUGUCACGGUUUGCUGGAGCUCAAGUGUCACCAUGAGCGAAGCCGGGACUUCGUCACUGUUCUCCACCUACCAGCUUAUUUUCUUGUUGACUAUCAUCUCAAUUAACCUUCCAUAUUCUGCAGCAGGAGGCUCUACUCUAACUCUCAAGUCCAACAACACACUCAGCAACCACACCACAUGUGGAGGAGUGACCGUCUGCAUUGAAGGUGUUAUCCUGCCAAUAUGGACGCCACAAAACCCAGUCUUCACUGACCGCCUUGCCAGAGCCACCAUUUACUUUGUGGGGUUGGCGUAUAUGUUCUUGGGUGUCUCCAUCAUUGCUGACCGCUUCAUGGCGUCCAUCGAGGUCAUCACCUCCCAGGAAAGACAGAUCACCAUCAAGAAACCAAACGGUGAGAAGAUCACCACGACAGUGCGCAUCUGGAACGAGACAGUGUCCAAUCUGACCCUAAUGGCGCUGGGUUCCUCCGCCCCAGAAAUCCUCCUGUCAGUUGUGGAGGUUUGUGGUCAUGGCUUUAACGCAGGUGAACUGGGCCCCAACACCAUUGUAGGAAGUGCCGCCUUCAACAUGUUUGUCAUCAUUGGCCUUUGUGUAUCUGUUAUUCCUGAAGGAGAGACCAGAAAGGUGAAGCACCUCAGGGUGUUUUUCGUCACCGCCACCUGGAGCGUCUUUGCAUACACCUGGCUUUACCUGAUCCUAGCCGUCAUUUCUCCAGGUGUUGUUGAGAUAUGGGAGGGGCUGCUCACACUCUUCUUCUUCCCCAUUUGUGUUGGAUUGGCUUACGUGGCUGACCGCAGACUUCUUUUCUACAAAUACAUGUACAAACGAUACAGAGCAGGGAAGCGGAAAGGAGUGAUCAUCGAAACAGAGGGAGAACCAGAGCUUCCCUCGAAGGUUGACAUUGAAAUGGAUGGGAAAAUGCUCAAUUCCCAUGGAGAAGAGACAGGGUUUGAUUUUAAGGAGCUGGACGAGGACGAGGCCCGCAGAGAGGUGGCCAGGAUCCUGAAGGAGCUGAAACAGAAACAUCCUGAGAAGGAAAUGGAGCAGUUGAUGGAGCUCGCCAAUUACCAAGUUUUAACCCAGCAACAGAAGAGUCGGGCUUUCUACCGCUGCCAGGCGACCAGGAUCAUGACAGGAGCAGGUAACAUCCUAAAGAAGCAUGCCGCUGACCAAGCCAAGAGAGCCAUCCAGCAUGAUAUUUGCUCCGAGGUCAUGGUAAAUGAUUAUUCCUCCAAGGUUUUCUUUGACCCUGGUUUCUACCAGUGUCUAGAGAACUGUGGCAGUGUAGCGCUGAACAUUGUGCGGCGUGGUGGAGACCUAACAAGCACAGUCUCAGUGGAUUACCGGACUGAAGACGGCACAGCAAAUGCCGGCUCUGACUACCAGUUCACUGAAGGAACUAUUGUGUUCAAACCAGGUGAGACCGAAAAGGAAAUCCGGAUUGAUAUUAUUGAUGAUGAUAUUUUUGAGGAAGACGAGCAUUUCCUGGUUCACCUCAGCAAUGUAAAGGUCAUAUCAGAGGGCAGUGGCUCAGAUGAGUACGAGGCAAACCAUGUAGACACCCUUGCGGGUUUAGGCCUGCCGUGCUCGGCUACCGUCACCAUUUUUGAUGACGACCACGCAGGGAUCUUUACGUUCGAGGAACCAGUGGUGACCGUGAGUGAGAGCGUUGGGGUGAUGGAGGUGAAGGUCAUCCGGACCUCGGGGGCUCGCGGUGUUGUGGUGGUCCCUUACAAAACCAUGGAAGGGACGGCUAAAGGAGGUGGCGAGGACUUUGAGGACACACAUGGAGUCCUGGAGUUUGAGAAUGAUGAGAUCUUGAAGACCAUAGCCGUUAGAAUAAUUGACCACGAGGAGUACGAUAAGAAGGCCAGCUUCUACAUAGAGCUGAAGGAGCCGUAUUGGAACAGGAGGAGAUGGACAGGUGGAUUCGUCAAAACAGGCACAGACGUCUACAGGAAGGUCCAAGGACGAGACCACCCCGCCCCCUCUGCCAUCGUCAACAUCACAGACGAGGGGGGUGAGGAGAUUUUGACCAAGAAGGAGGAGGAGGAGAGGCGGAUCGCGGAGAUGGGCAGACCGAUGUUGGGUGAGCACGUCAAGCUGGAGGUCAUCAUAGAGGAGUCGUAUGAAUUCAAGAGCACCGUAGAUAAACUUCUGAAGAAGACCAACCUGGCCCUGGUGAUCGGGACGAACAGCUGGAGAGAGCAGUUUAUGGAAGCCAUCACAGUCAGCUCUGGUGAUGAUGACGAUGAUGAAUGUGGUGAAGAGAAGCUGCCCUCCUGUUUUGACUACGUCAUGCACUUCCUCACUGUCUUCUGGAAGCUGCUGUUUGCUUUCGUUCCUCCCACUGACUACUGGAACGGUUGGGCCUGCUUCGUCGUCUCUAUCUCUGUUAUCGGCAUGCUGACCGCGGUCAUCGGGGACCUGGCAUCACAUUUUGGCUGCACCGUUGGCCUCAAAGACUCCGUCACUGCAGUGGUGUUUGUAGCUUUGGGCACAUCUGUACCAGACACAUUUGCCAGUAAGGUGGCAGCCAUCCAGGACCAAUACGCUGACGCCUCCAUUGGCAACGUAACCGGAAGCAACGCUGUUAACGUCUUCCUGGGCAUCGGUGUGGCCUGGUCCAUUGCCGCCAUCUACCACUACUCCAAGGGCGAUGAGUUCCGGGUUGACCCAGGCACUUUGGCCUUCUCCGUCACACUCUUCACCAUCUUUGCCUUCAUCUGCAUUGCCGUCCUCAUCUAUCGCCGCCGCCCGGAGAUUGGCGGGGAGCUCGGCGGGCCCAGAAUCCCUAAGAUCCUCACCACCUGCCUGUUCUUCAGCCUGUGGUUGAUGUACAUCGUCUUCUCCUCUCUGGAGGCCUACUGCCACGUAAAGGGGUUCUAAAAGGUUCCAACAGAACAUGAACAGUUCCAAUAGAUUCCUGCAUAUUCUGACUUUCAUUUCUGCAAUUUGUCUAAAGCUUGUAACAGGUUGCUGGCAGUUGAUGGAUUCCUAAAAGGUCUAAAGGACACGUAACAGUUCUGUCAGGUUUCUGAAAUUCUAGAUGUACUAGAAUAGUUCUAGUAGGUUUUCUGAGGAUCUGACAGGUUACCAAACACAGAUAAAAGAACUAUACAGAGAGCAGCAGAAUAUUUCUUUAUGUUCUGUAAGCGUCUAAACAACUUGUACAUGUUUCUAAUGAUCCCAACAGUUCCUGGAGCAUCCUACAGCUUCUUGACAGUCCUGAUGCAUUUCUAAAAGUUCCCGUAAUUUUUGCAAAUCCAUAAAUUCCAUCAAAAGUUUAUCUAAACUUCUGCUUCCUGAAAAUUCUGACAUGUGCAUAUUUCUCUUUUGUCAUUUGUCUCAACUUUUUUUUAGGUUCUUUAGAGGUCUAACAAGUACGAAACGCGGGUCGAUUCCUGCAUAAUGUGACAUUCUCCUGUAAUUUAUUUGUCAAAAGGUUUUGAUAGACAUCUAAGGGGCCGAUCACACAGAGAUUCAUUGCUACAGGAGCUUUUAAAACAUCUCGGCAAAGAGCUUCAGGGAUAAAACAGCUGGUGCAACUGUGGAGCGAGUCCUUCCUAGUCGACUAGUCAUUGAGAGUUUCUGAUAUUACUGUAUUGAUUAUAAUCUGUAUAAUCUGUUAAAUGCGAGACUAAACAUUUUUUUAAUUUAUUCCAACACAGAGUAACAUCACAGUCUGGUUGUUCUAAACACAGAAUAAAUAACUUCCAACUUCACUGAAACAAAUCCUGGCGGACCGAUCGAUGCGAUGGAUGAUGAUGGAACGUUACCAGUUACUGAUUUAUUAACUGGUCUGAUGGAAAGUGCCUGCUGAGACUCUUCUAAGCAACUAAGAUUAAGUCAACUACCCCCCACUGCACCCCAGCCCACCUAUUUACUGGCUUAGUAAACAGCAUCAAAACCAGGAAAUAAGUUGGCUGUCUUUUAUGCACGUCUAAAAACUGCUAGAAACUCACAGUGCAAGAGAGGAGCGUCGUAUGACAGGAAAACAUUGCAUUGAAAACAAAACAUUCUACGAUGUGUCUCUUGUGUGGUCGACAAGGCUUCUAACAGGUUUCUGAACUUUAUGAAGGCCUGGAUGAACUACUAAUAGUGUUUUUGAAAUACUCUACCUGUCAGGUUCUGUUAUGUUCUUUAAAGGUCAAUCAAACCACAGUAAACCAGACAACAAAAAUAUAUUCCAGUGCACACCAGGAUACUGUGGUUGACACUGAUUGGUUUCCUUUAAAACAAAACUAAACACGUCUGAUUUGGACAAUAUAGGAGUGGUUUUGGGGGUUAUUGAGGAUGCUGAAUCCUCCACACAAAUCAAUCCAUAGUGAUGGUGCUGGCAAUUAAUGUGUCUUUGUUUUGACUUUUAAUUACUUAAGUCAUUCAUCAUCAUCAUCAUCAUCAUCAUCAUCAUGCAGCCCACAGGAUUUACUUAGUAAUCGUAGUGCAUCUGAACGCCCCCUAAAGCUCCCAGAGGUUGCUGACAGACUGUGUUCUACUGAUGGAUUUCUAAAGGUUAUCGUGAAACCCUUCAGACUCCUGAAACGUCUUUACUCUGGCGUCCAUAUUGGACCGCUCUCCGCCUGCCGAGUGCCAGUGACCUCUGAGACUUCUUUGUCCUCACAUAACUCCCAAACAUUUAAAGACAUGGACCUGUAUCUUACUGUGUACCUUUAAGCGAUGUAUAACACAAACAGUUUGUCUUGUUCAUGUAGACUUGUGAAAACCUGCAGGGCUUUUGAUGUUUCAGGUGACUGGAGCAGUUGUGUUGCACCUAAAAAUAUCUGCACUGAGUUUGAAACGUAGUUAAUUUUUUGUGUGUAGGAUCCUGAGUUUGGUGUUCUGGUCUCUGCUGUUCCGACACCACAAACUCUUUAAAACAGAGACUCUGCACUCAGAGCUGCUGCAGCAGUGGAUAGAUCAGUGUGUAUGUGUAAAGGACACUGUGAUAUGAUUGAAUACUAUUGAUGAUGUAAACAUGUAAAAAGAUCUGACAGAGUGCAGUGUCUUUCCUUCAAAUAUUAAA